AGCGUAUUCGUGCCCUGCUGACUGCAACCGUCGCUCCCAGGUCUCCGAUGAAGCGUCAACUGUCGCUAGUCGUGUGCUGCCUCUCGGCGUGCGUUGCUGCAGCCAAAAGCGAGCUGGAGAUCGGCAGCGGCUACGACUCGGGUGUGCAGGAGCUGAGGAGGCGUUUUCUGCGCGAAAGCGGAUACGACGCCUCGUCGCGACCCACAAACGACUCCGCCGAGCCGACGGUCGUCCGCGUGGUCAUCCCGCUCUCCGAGGUCAACUACGUCGCACUCGUGGACGAGUGGUUCACGGUUGCUCUUUACUUCUGCAAGUUUUGGAAAGAUCCUCGCUUCUCUUGGGACCCGAAGGAUUACGGCGGGAGCCAUCGUUUUUCCGGAACCACGAAGGAGAUAUGGUGGCCGCGCGUCGAAGUCGUCAAUGCAAAGCGUCAAGACGUCGACCUGCUUCAGCAGUCGCUCAUUGUCUACAGCGACGGCAAUACGUGGUCCUGCGACGCUCUCAAGGUGAAGACGCCGUGCAACGUCGACCUCAGUGAUUUUCCGAACGACAGACAGGCUUGCAGCCUCCGCGCGGGCUCGAGCGCCUACAGUGACAGCGAGGUCAAGAUGACCGGGUACGCCGCCUGGGGUGAGCCCCAGAUGAACGCCAGCACGGAGUGGGUCCUCGAGCACAUAUCCUUCGAGAACCACACGGAGACGAACAGUUUUGUUCCUUGGGUUACUAACCCUUGUCGAGUUGUUCACCGCGUCUGGGAGCAUACUCGUCAUCAGAGCGUCGCACUCCAGUUCCCGCAUCCGGGUACCAGAUACUUUGCACCGCUUCGUCAGUGGCUCAUGCGCGAAAUUUUUGUGUCUAAACCGAAGCGAGCCAACCACCACUGCCAAGUCUCGCGAGCAUCAAGAGGGCACGGCGUUCGACGAGUCACGAGAGAGGAAAAGGCGGUGGCUCAUCUUGUCUCAAGCCGUGGACCAUGUCUGUUUCGUCAUCUUCGGAUUCGCUGCGUUGGGCUUCCUUUUAUGACUCCGGUGUUUAUAAAUGCCACGAAGGCGGCCCAAAAAGACAAUUCUGUGACACGGUUGCGUCGUCCUGGCAAACAUCGGUUUGGAAGUCAUGGUUGUUUACCUUCACCAGUAAAGAAAGCAAUGGAUCAAAUGGGAUCAAAUGUGCUCAAAGCUAUUAGCAGUGGAACGAAACCACUAGGAUUAAAAACUGGCUGUGGGGGUCAAAGGUUCUUAAGCAACUCACCGGCCAUGAGACGCGACGUACAGUUAAAUAACUUGUUGGGGUUUAGUGUUCUGAAACCCCGCAGCGAAAUAGAAGACGGCUCCGUGUUAACUUUGGAUACCUGGGCCUCUGCAACGCGCAUCCAACUCCCGGUGCACACGAGGCUGCUUUUCAUUCCGACUCCACCGGGAUUCGGCCACCAUAUUCGGGGCUCGAUCCCGCGACCUCGUGCUAAGCAAGCGCAGCUAUUGGUUGCGCCAGUUAGUGGAUGAAAUGUAAUUUACGCAUGUGGCAGUAUUAUUUCAUAGAUAUUAGCGCAUUUCUCUCGUAAAUAUAGUAGAGUAUGAAGACACCCCUUUCCCGUCAAUCCUGCAUUAUUCGAGACAAUGCCUUCGAAUGACAGAAAGCUGAGCUAGUUGGUAGGGAUUCAUAAUGCAAAGAAGGGGCAAGGCGUGCAGACACGGACACGAGAGAAGUGGACAACACUGGAGAAUGGACAAUGGCUUUACUUGCACGAUGUUACCAGCGGUAAUAUUUAUUUCCUUGCUUUGUGUAUUCAGGCAACGACCGACAAAAAUAACACAUUCAUGUUCUCUAUAAGGCUGACAGGAAGGCAAAAAUUCCUCGCAGUGUAUGACAUUGACAAAUGUUUUUAUCGUAAAAGCGGAAACUAUACCGCACACGCGAAUUAAGAGCCACCGUAAAAUUGCGUGCUUCAAGGUUUCCCCCCACAGACUUCAGGAUUCUCUCCAGCAUGUAUACAAUAUUCUAUCACUUUACCUCCCCCUCCCCUCUCUCCCCAGCGUAGGGUAGCAAGCCGGAUCUUCCCAUCUGGUUAACCUCCCUGCCUUUCCCCUUUGUUCUGUCUCUCACUCUACUCGGUUCUUUCGAAGUUUCACCUUUAUGCGUCUUAUCGUCUGCCUUUGGUGACCUUUUGAAUGUCGCCAUAAGGUUUUUAGAGCUGCUCCACUAAAGUGGAUGAGUCAUUAACACGUGACGCCUGCCGCCACGUGUGCACGUGCGCAAGUGGCAAGUGCAAGUAUGUAAACUUUCGACAAACAACCUGCUCGGAACGAUCCGAACACAAUAUAGAGACCAGCGUAAAUACGCAAAAUGGGGCCAAAGUCCCCUAAACUAUGUAGAGUGCUGUAGGAUAUGCUGACCCCUGGACCAUCUCCUCUAUACAUGUAUACGUGUAAUCUUACCUGUUCUGAAGCAAAAUACAGAAAACGCCACAUAACGA